AAGGGAGUACAUGACUAUAUUGGUCAAAGUGAAUGUCUAAAAAGUGAAAUUGAUACAUUUAUUGUGAAAGUGAUGGAUUGAUUAAAAAAUUUUAUUUUAUUUUAUUUUAUUUUAUUUUUUUUUAUUGAAAUGUGAUGUAGUUUCCACGAAUUAUAUUGGGCCGAGCAGCGCUGAAGAUGAGUCAAUUAUGAUAAUCCUGAGCCCACUUGGCGAAAGGCUUUCUGAAACUGCGAUUAAGGCAAUAAGAUAAGGCGCAAUCACUAGAGGUGGAAAACAUACACUCCAUAUCAAAGAGAAGAGAAACUCACAGAAAUACAUUGGAAGAAUGUCUGUGUCCGCCAUUUUUGGUACCAGAAUCGCAGCAAUCCCAUCCAGCGGCGGUGUUGGUGGUGGAAAUGCGGUGAAACUGCAACCAUCAAACGGCGGCGUAAUGAUAAUAGAAUGUUCAUCAAGGCCACAGAAGAAGGGAACUGCUCACCACAUGAAGACCAGACCUAAGAAGACUGCUGCUUGGGAAUUACGACGUCGUCCUGCUGUUUAUCCUCCUCUCCCUCCUCUUCCUGCUGAGUGGACCAUCGUUUCUUCUGCUUCUGAGGAAGUUGAUUCUUCGUCUUCUACUGCUACUACGUCUACUGAGACUCAGACUCAGUAAUUACUUUCGCUUUAUGUUGAUUUUGUUUUGAGUGUUUUUUUUUAGUAUGCCUGUCAACUGUUUGAUGAAAUGUUUGUGUAAACUUUGUUGUUAUGCUUUAUGCAAAGAGAUUUUGUAAUUUGAAUUUUAUUUGGUAAUUACGGUAAUUAUAAGUUUUAAUUAGUGUUGUAUUA